AUGUCUGAUCAGAGGAUAUUUGCCAAGUAUAAGGCCAAUGAACUAAGAGCUGAGCUACAAGUCUUCGAUGUUAAGAAAUCCAAAACGAGUGCUCAUAAAAGAAAAGAUGCGUUGAGGAAGAUAAUAGCGAACCUUACGAUGGGAAAUUUUACUGAGAUGGCCUUCCUAUAUCCCGAAAUUUUAAAGUUUUGGAAGAUCGAAGAUGAUCUUGAAGUCAAAAGGAUCUGUCAUGAGUAUGUGAGGUCACUAGGAUCUGCAAAACCUAAAAAUGCUGCGGAAGCGUUACCGUAUAUUUUGGAUGAUCUAGAUAGUAGAAACGAGAAGGUGCAAAUUAUGGCUCUGGAGACCCUGGUCGCGGUACCGUCUCCUAGGUUCCUUGAAGAAGCGACAAAGACAAUCAUUUCAUUCAUCAAUCGUCGAGUAAUACCACCUACUGUAACCAAAACAGCAAUAUAUGCGUCCGAACAAAUUGAUUUUACUGAGAAUGCUACCAGGAGCCAUCUGUUGACCCUACUUCUGAAAUUUGUCGAAAGAGAAAAUACUGAACCGACUUUGCAGGUCGCAGCUUUACAUGCACUACAUACUAUCCAUGAGAAAAACAUUGAUUUGCAACCACUGAGACUACCAAUAGAUGUGGCGUUUAAGCUUUUGGACCUUCUACCCCAGUUAAAUGAGUGGGACAAAGCCCUAACGUUGGAUUCAUUGACCACGGCAGCUGUGCCUGAAUCUCAUGAUGACGCAUAUGAAAUGAUCGACAUAGCUCUAACGCAACUGCAGCAUGUUAACACCUUUGUGGCCCUAAACGCAUUCAAAUUCAUCGCAUACCUAUUGAACUACGUGGACCAUGUUGACGAAAAUUUAAUUAAAAGAUUCUCCAAUUCUAUUGUGUCCUUACUGAAUAAGCCGCCAGAGAUUCAAUUUCUGGUGCUAAGAAAUGUUAUCCUGUUAUUGUUGAGUAGGGACACCCCAUUGCUGCAAUUAGAUGUUUCAUACUUUUUCAUCGAAUUUAAUGAUCCCAUCUACAUCAAGGACACCAAAUUGGAAUGCCUGUACCUCCUGGCCAAUCAUGGAAACCUCCCUCGGAUUUUAGAAGAGCUUGAACAAUAUGCGACUGAUAUCGACAUUCAAAUGUCUCGUAAGGCCUUGAGGGCGAUAGGAAAUCUAGCAGUCAAACUCGACAAGGAAUCUGCAUCUGAUUGUGUCACAGUUCUCUUAGAUUUGCUUGAGUUUGGUGUUGACUAUGUCGUGCAAGAAAUUAUCACAGUGUUUAGAAAUAUUUUGCGAAAACAUCCAGAUGAUUUUACUUCAAGUGUGAAGGAGCUUGUGAAGUAUAAUGACUCGGUGCAAGAGCCUGAAUCGAAGAAUGCGAUGAUCUGGAUCAUAACACAGUAUUCCUGUGAUAUACCCAAUUACCUAGAGGUUUUCAAAGUAUUCUCGUCAAACAUACUAGAAGAGAAUUUAGAGGUUCAAUAUUCCAUUCUGACAUCCAGCGUCAAGUUUUUCGUUAAAGACCCCGUUCCUGAAACAGAGGAGAUAUGCCUGCAAGUACUCAAGAUUUGCACUGAGGAAACCAACAACCCGGAUUUACGUGCUAGGGCUUUCAUGUACUGGAGUCUCCUCUCCAUGGCACACUCCUCUAAAAAUCACAUUAUCUCCGCUGAGGCUGUCAAAAGUGUUUUGGAUGGAGAGCUUCCAGUAAUAGAGUUGAAUACCAAGCUAGAUCCUCUCGUCCUAGAAGAGUUAGAGCUUAACAUAGGAUCAAUUGCAUCAAUAUACCUCAAACCUGUAUCACAAAUAUUUAGGUCGAGCAGGACGAGACAUUUGUUGCAGAGUCCAGUACUCAACAAAGACAGGAGCAACUUGAAAAUACUCAGCGGCAGCACAAGCACGGUGAACCUUGAGGGGUUUGAUUCCUUACCUGAAAUGGUGUCUCACAGCAGUUCAGAUAGGAGCUCAAGUACAGCCGCUAGAAAGAAAAUGAUGAAUGAUUAUGACAAGCCAGCUGAGAAAGUCAAUCAAUUGAAGGGCAGGAGAAAGUCAAGCGUUACCAGCCCGUCGAAAAUAUCACGAAAACCGUCAUUACUAGUGAGAAAAUUGUCUAUGAGAAAGCCCUUUUAA